GUAAUUAUUAUUAUUAUGCUGAGCUGGUAAGUGUGGCUAGGCUCUGUGUACGUGUAUGGUUUUGAUGAUUGUUAGCUAGCUGAGAAGGUGGACAACCAUGUACUGUUCGUGCUAUGGCAAGCAGUGAUUCCCCCAGACAAUCAUUCUGGAAGAAAGGAGAGAGAAGCAACACAAAGUUACCAGGAAGACCUCAACAAGUACACACACACAGUUUGGAUACUGAACUGCACACAAUGACCCAAACACCAAGUGCGAUGGCGGGUGCCCCUGGAGGAGUGGCCAGACCAAGGAGCAAAACAUUUGAAGAAUAUUCUAAAGAGACCGACGAUAUUUGGGACGAUAAAGAAGAAGCUUUCUCGGACCUAUCAACAGAAAUGGCGUCCCUGGAGGUUGACAAGAGAAGGGCCCGGGGUAGACCACGGGCUGACUCCAAGGGAAAGGGCAAAUCAGCUGAACUAAAGGCAUUCUUUGUGGACGUGGUGAAGAACAGAGGCUCCCCUCGUUCCAGACCACGCUCACAGUCGGAUAAACCGCGGAAGGCCUUCGCAGAUCAGCCGGGAAGUAGGGAGAGAUCAGACAGUCCCACUGACUUCUUUGACCCUCCUGACAGAGAAACUAUGAGGCUACAAAAAUUUGGAAAGCUUUUAGCAGGACCAAAUACAGACUUAGAUGAGUUACGUAAGCUCAGCUGGUCAGGUAUUCCAUCUCCAGUACGUGCUACUACCUGGCAGCUGCUUUGUGGUUAUGUACCGGCCAACAUUGAUAGGCGUGAGGAGACACUGCAGAGGAAGAGACAAGAAUACUACAACUUCAUCGACCAGUACUAUGGCAACAGAUCGGACCCCCAACACAUUGACACCUUCAGACAGAUAUCAAUAGACGUGCCUCGGAUGAACCCUGAGAUCCCCCUCUUCCAACAGAAGAUAGUUCAGGAGUGUUUCCAGAGAGUGCUAUUCAUCUGGUCCAUGAGACAUCCUGCUAGCGGCUAUGUCCAGGGCAUCAACGACCUCAUCACUCCUUUCUUUGUUGUCUUCCUCUCUUACUACAUCUCUGGUGAUAAGAAUCCUGAGACGUAUGACCUCACCAAGCUGCCCGAGGGCACACUCAAGUGCAUUGAGGCAGACAGCUUCUGGUGUAUGCAGAAGAUGCUCGAGGGCAUACAAGACAACUACACCCUUGCUCAGCCGGGCAUUCAGACCAAGCUUCUGGCACUCAAGGACCUCAUGAAGAGACUGGAUGAGUCACUGUCUGUUCACCUCACUCGGAACUCAGUCGAAUACAUCCAGUUUGCGUUUCGAUGGAUGAACAACCUCCUCUUGAGGGAAUUCCCCCUACGAUGUGUCAUCCGACUAUGGGACUCUUAUCUAUCUGAGAGAGAUGGGUUUGCCAACUUCCAUGUGUACGUGUGUGCUGCUCUGUUGGCUCACUUCUCAACGAAAAUAAAAGCACAGAAAGAAUUUCAGGAUAUAAUGGUAUUUUUACAGAACCUACCCACUACAAAAUGGAGAGACAGUGAAAUAGAACUCUUACUAGCUGAGGCUUACAAACUAAAGUUCAUGUUUGCUGAUGCCCCUGGCCAUCUCACAGUACUUAGAACUUCAUAGUCUUUUAUAGCACAGGAUAUUAGUGUGUUUAUUUCACCCACGUUGUUUGUACUGUUGAUAUAAUUAUUGUUGAAAAAAAAUUUUUAUUUGUUGAACCACA